GGAUGCGGAUACGAACGAAGGGAAUGGUCUUUAUGCAAUCUAGAUUUGGCGAAGAAAAAGGGUUUUUUGCUUGGCAAUGGUGCAGCGCAUCAACCUCGGAUCUCAAGGUCUCGAGGUCUCCAAGCAAGGCCUCGGAUGCAUGGGAAUGUCGGCAUUUUACGGCCCUCCCAAGCCGCAGGAGGAGAUGAUCAAGCUCAUUCGUACGGCGAUCGAGUCGGGGAUCACAUUCCUCGACACUGCGGACAAGUACGGGCCUCACACCAACGAAGUCCUCGUCGGCAAGGCGAUCAAGGGUAUCAGGGACAAGGUCCAAGUGGUCACCAAGUUUGCAUUCUUCGUGGACGAGAAGGGGAAUCAAGGGAUCCGUGGUGAUCCAGCUUACGUCCGUGCUGCUUGCGAGGGCAGCUUGAAGAGGCUGGAUGUGGAUUGUAUCGAUCUCUACUAUCAGCACCGUGUGGAUCCAAAAGUUCCCAUCGAAAUCACGGUCGGAGAGAUGAAGAAAUUGGUGGAGGAAGGAAAAGUGAAGUAUCUGGGCUUAUCUGAGGCUUCUUCUGCAGAUAUUCGCCGAGCCCAUGCAGUCCAUCCUAUCACUGCUGUUCAGCUCGAAUGGUCCCUUUGGAGUAGAGAUGUCGAGGAGGACGUUAUUCCAACUUGCAGGGAACUUGGAAUCGGAAUAGUUUCUUAUAGUCCUCUUGGACGAGGAUUCUUCUCUGGAAAAGCCAUCGUAGAAGAGAUUGGCGAUGGAGAUUUUCGCAAGCUAGUCCCAAGGUUCCAAGGUGAGAACCUGGAACACAACAAAGUCAUCUACGAGAAGCUGUGCAAGAUAGCGGCCACGAAGAACUGCACCACAGGGCAGCUUGCUCUGGCUUGGGUUCAACACCAAGGCGUUGACGUUGUCCCCAUUCCAGGCACCACCAAGCUCAAUAACUUCAAGGAAAACAUUAGAUCGCUGGACCUGACCCUUUCAAAGGUGGAGAUGAACGAGAUUGAAAAUGCGGUUGCCGGAGUGAAGGGAGAUCGCUAUGGUGAUAUGUCCAUGGCCAGGACUUGGCGAUUCGCGACAACACCACCUCUUUCUUCCUAAGUGCCGUAUAGAGCAGUUUAUAAGAUCCUUUCUCGAGCCAGGGGAAUUGACUCGCGAGUUUUGGCCGAUCUCUGUGAAGAACUGUACGAAGGUCUCGUGCUCAAGCUCACGAAGUUAGAUCCAGCGGAUUCAUGGUGGUCUGGAAAACGCGGGAAGAAGCUUCCCUGAAGAACUAGAAUGUACCCGCUUACUUGGAGGCAAUGCUUCAGGUAGACUUCAUUGGGUUUCUUCCGAAAUCACGGUGAAGUUUAAUACAGUGAUCCACACAGGUGGGUUAUCCAUCGAGCUCUCGUAA